CGAAAGUGCAGUAACAUUGCACUUUAUCGAGAGCACGUGGCAAAAAUACGCGCGAUAACACCGACAUGUCGAUUUUUUUUAUCGAAACACAUAUUACGAGUGAUUCGCUGCCAUCAAUGCAAACUCAGUGUCUCUCAUCAGCAGCCAUUAUCACUCGCAAGAAUUAGCAAUUGUUAAGCGUUAGUUCGACCUAAUCGACGUAUAACGUUGAACAACGGUUCAAUUUGCUCAAUAACUGCGUGCUUCACUUCAUUAAAACAUCGAAGUCUAGAAAUGAAAGUAGCUAUCGUAGGCAGUGGAGUCGUCGGGUUGACGACGUCUUUAUUGUUACAACGAGAAUUACGUAAUGCCGAAGUGACAGUUUUAGCUUCGGAUUUCGAUGAUAUCGUCAGUCACGUAGCCGCGGGAAUUUUUAGAGUCGGCGCUUCGUAUUUUGGUCCUACUGAGCAAAUAACAAGACAAUGGAUAAGAGAUUCAUACGAAUAUUAUGAUAAUAUUCGCAAGUCAGAGGAAGCUUCUCACGCAGGCGUAACUGACAUUUCCGGCUACAUGUUUGCUAAUUCAUCUCCAAAUACUGUUAAGAGUCACUGGAUCGAGGAUCUGGUGCCAAUCUAUAGAAGAGCAACAGAGGAGGAACUGAAGCUCGUUGGUGGCGACUGGAAAUACGGGUCGUAUUUUUCAACUCUUCUUACGCAGUGUAGUUUGUACCUUCCAUGGGCUAAGCGACAAUUGCAAGCAGGCGGUGCCACGUUGCGACGAAGGAAGCUGCGUUCUCUCGACGAACUGGCUGGCGAAUAUGACUUGAUAAUGAAUUGCACCGGACUUGGUGCACGUGAAUUGUGCAAUGACAAACGCAUGGUUUCUCUGCGCGGUCAAGUGAUCAAGGUGAAAGCACCGUGGAUCAAGACGUUUUUCUACGGUGAGCUCGACACCUAUGUCAUACCAGGUUUCCACGGCAUAGUCACUCUGGGUGGAUCGCGGAGCUUCGAUUCCGAAAAUACAAAGCUGUGUCCAUACGAGUCCGAGGCGAUUCGCGAAAGAUGUAAAACGCUGGUGCCGUCGUUGAAAAACGCCGAACUUGUACGACAAGAGAUCGGUUUUCGGCCGCACCGGGAAGGCAACGUCAGAGUGGAAGUUGAUCACAUUCGCGGUCGCUCUAACAAAGUCAUUGUAGUGCACAAUUACGGACACGGUGGUUACGGAGUCUGCACAGCACCUGGCACCGCCAUGUACGCCCUUCGUUUAGCUAUGGACGCUCAUAAAUCUUCCACCGCUAAGCUAUAAACUGCAGUCUCUUGUGAAAUACAUCUUUAUUAACCAAAUUUACAUACGAGAAUUAUUAGAAUGGUCUAAUACUGUGGCGGUUUCCGUCUGCUUGUCGAAAUGCACUUACAAUUCAGGACGAAGUAAGAUACAUUUUUCGAAGUAAGACAAAUAAAGUUCGCUUUAUUAGCGAA